AAAACCAGACCCAACCUUCAAUUUCCAUGGCGAAAACCCUUCGUGAAACCCUGCGAAAAAUGACCCGGCUCUGCAGAAACACUCUUCAUCUCGACGUAAAGUGCAGCAUAGCAGAAAAAGUCUCCAUUUUCAGCAAAGUUUUUCGUUUCAUAUGGGAGAAAAUCCUCGUUUGCUCCAUAGGUAAUAAACCUGCUAGUUACAGGAGGUUGACUCACCGGAUUUCUUCUGUUAAUUCAUCCCCAGAGGAAGUUUCCGAUGCCGGACCGGCGGUGCGGGAGGAGGAUCCCAUGGUAGCUGCUGGGUCUGAGACAGAUUCUGAUUUGGUUACCUUGAAGAUCAGUUUAUUGGGUGAUUGCCAAAUUGGAAAAACGAGCUUUGUGGUCAAGUAUGUAGGAGAUGAACGGGAGAGGUGUCUGGAGAUGACAGGGUUGAAUUUGACAAGUAAAACAUUAUCUGUUCAAGGAGCCAGGAUUUCUUUCAGCAUAUGGGAUGUAGGAGGUGACAGCAGGUCACUUGAUCAAGUCCCAAUUGCUUGUAAAGAUGCAGUAGCAAUUUUAUUCAUGUUUGAUCUCACGAGCCGGUGUACUCUUAACAGUGUUAUUGAGUGGUACGGUCAAGCAAGAAAGUGGAAUCAGACCGCGAUUCCUAUACUAAUCGGAACUAAAUUCGACGUUUUCUCGAGACUCCCUCUGAAUUUGCAAUGGACAAUUGUAAUGCAGGCAAGGGCAUAUGCAAAGGCAAUGAAGGCGAGUCUUUUCUUCUCAAGUGCCACCCACAACAUCAACGUGAACAAGAUAUUCAAAUUCAUAAUGGCUAAACUCUUUAACUUGCCUUGGUCUCUCGACAGAAAUUUGACCAUUGGUGAGCCCAUUAUAGACUUCCAAUCAUAGUAUAUACGUAUACCCAUCAUGUACAUAUACACAUACAUAUAUUUAUAGCCCAACCCAUAUCAAAACAGAUCCCAAUCUAACCCACCCACAUUACCAUUCCCAAUUUUUUUUUUUUAUUUUUUUUAUCUUCUAGUAUUUCAAUUAUGACUUGUCAAACAGAAUUUCUAUUUUCCGAGUUACAUGAUCA